ACGUUCGAGCGUCGACCGGUGACGGCUGUCAAGAUCGAGGCGGUUAAUGUCCCGGUGCCACCUCGACGCUGACGUACCCGAGUUUGCUCACAUGGUCUGUGUUUUGUUUCUGUGAUUACCUCGCCGUGGCUCCCUCUCGGCCGCUUCCGCUCGCGGCGAUGAGCUGCCAUCGUGUCUAAAGCGCGCGCUUCAGCGACCUCGUGCGCGAGGCCCGGCGUGUACGACGCGACCAGCGAACGCGGACAGCUCGCGGAUGGUGUCCUGCUGAUACGCGGGGGAUGCUCGGACAACGGCGGCGCUCUCAGUGAGAUGCUCGCCGACAGACGUGGCCGUAGUGGCUGUAGGAUCAUUGACACGAUCCCCGAACCCCCGACCGACGACCUGGCUGUCAUCGACAGCGGGAACGCGUUAACGUCCGACGUCUCGUGCGACCCUUGUUCGGACGAGAUCGUGUGAUUGACAUUAUCCCGGCCGGUCGGACUGUUGUAGCAUCGAGGACUCGCGCCUCGAAUCGCGUCCCUCGUCAUAUUCCCUGUCUCCGCUUCUCGGCCACGAAGCGUACGGGAAUGCGACGUCACUGACGGAGUUAAACCGAUGUUCGCCGUCGCCUUAAAGUGCAUUUAACGGCUCCGUGAUCGGCGCGCGGGACACGUUUUACACGACGGACGUAGUAGGAUAGAAAGCGUUAUUGAAAGCGAGAGAAUUUCUUGUCGGUUCAAGCGAGAUCUCCUUCGCUCCUCGGAGCGACUGGUGCUACGUUUUUUUUACAAAAUUCACACACGCUCGCAGACUCCCGGCAGACUGAGCGGCGAAAUGGAUACAUUCUUGAUUAUCGGCAUCUGCUUCUUCUGCUAUGAGAUGUGCGAUUUGAUCAGGCGGUAUUCCGCCCCGCAAGCGACAAAGACGCACUCUCCGGCGGAAACGACCACCAAGGCGCUGCCCCCGCAGAAGAUAUUCUCCAUUUCUCGCAAAAUUCAAGGACCCCCUCGUGCCUGUUGCCCGCAAUAGAUUGCGAUAAUCCUAUCCGGAGUCGUUCAACAUCUGUUAGCGCGGAAAACGUGCCGCCUUUGUGCGAGCUGCGGCGAACUUAGGGCCCUCGCCGGACCUCCAACGGAUAUAGAACUCCGCCGUGCCGAGCCGGAGCAAAUGGAUGGCCGCGCGAGAUGGAUUUACAGUUCCGCGCAGUGAUAACAGACGCCCGUCUCGGAGAUUCAUGAUGUUUACGGAGGGUCGGGGCGGCCAAGCGAUCGAUAAUGAUUUGUCAGCUGUUAUGCCACCUGGAACGUGGACCAGCGGAUCGACCGGUCCUUAGGCGACGGAGCUCGUGAACGAGGACAAACAGCCGGAACCGGCGGCUCGCGAUUCGUGCCGUCGAUAAACGUGUCAUCUCAUUCAUAAAUGCUCUAAACGAGAAGAGGCGUGCAGCAAGUCGGGAAUCGAAUGGGAGACGGAUAGAAUCCGUCGGGCGGCUUCGCCCGUAGACAACGAAACGUAGACAACGAGUCGCUGACGGGACUCGUUGGAGUCGAUAUCAAUAUCAUUCGAUAUUGGCGGAUAUGCGCAGUCGCUCGAUUUUUUCGCGGAUACGCAAAAUCGACGGUGACGAGCGAUAUUGGCUGCCACGGCGCGGUGCCGUCAUCGCGAGGAAGGCGAGAGAUAGAUCGUCGUUAGGCUUUUGAGAGACCCGGUAAGUGAUAUCGAUUGAGACGUCUGCGAACUGAUAGCCCGCCCGCGAGAGCGAGGGAAGAGCAAACUCGCUUGACGAACUCUUCGGUACGUGCCUGUGAAUGCAAACUUUGGCAUCGGACGUCGCCGACGCGGCCGCGCCAAGCCGCGUCGUAUAAACGAGAAGUGAAGUUCCUUUUGUGUACACGAGAUAAAUCGGCGUGAAUAGUGGCGCGUCGUACCUCGAAAUAUAAUAUAGCACGCGUCGCGCCGGCACGUCCGAAGGAGGACGUAGAAGGAGGUAACGUCGUUUAUAUUUCGCGAUUGUAUAUGUUUCACUGCCCGUAACUCAAUCUUAACACGUCCGUCGUAUCGAGAAGCUUCCGUAAAGAGUAACAACCUUACGGUUACCGCAGCGCCCACGUCGUGACGUAAAAAAUGGUUCGCCGAGAUCAGAAGAGAAGAGAGGAGGAUUGAUAGCUCCAAGUGCGUUAACAAAGGAAAUUAGACUGCGGCGUGCUGUUGUGUUUUCUAGUUACCUGCGCAAAGGUCCAAUUUACCUUUAACAAAAGCGUGCUAGGUGAAUAAGAUACAAGUAAAAUAUGCUCACGGCGCGCCUGCCAUCAGCGAAAUUCUCCUUCUCGGGACAGAAGUGGCAGUCGCGCGCCGCUUUUUAGUUACACAUUUACCAGAGAAAUAGAUUCAACGGCGUCCAACGAGAGCCGCCGUAAAUAAAAUUGCCGCGAUGUGCUUCCCGACGGCGCGUAAUGUGAUUCACGAUGCGUGCAUCGAAACGCUUUCCGACCGAUUGCGAGUGUGUUUCUGAUCAACCAAAGUGGGAUUCCUCGUGCCGCAAGAUUUAGCGCGAGGACGCGAGGCGAGACUCGUUCAGCAACGCGACGACGAAGGGGAGAGCCAUGACUAAUGUUCGAUACCACUCCCCAAGUUCGGUGUUCCGCCGCCACGACGCUCUCGCGACCCCCUUUUGGCCGAUGACCCGAGAGAGAUCGAAACGAGAGAUCAUCGAAAAUUAGAAGACAUGGACUCGCUGGAGCGUCUAAUGAGUUCCCGUCCUCACCAUCCGGCUCUCACGGCAGCCACGCGAUCGCAGAGUGCCUUUGUGCAGGCCAACCUCUGCUCCGUGAUAGGCCGCAAAGGGCGACACCUUAACGGAACCUUUUGUUUAACCGGGGACACGAUGGAGGGCAUCAUACAGUGCCUGGUCUUCCUCAAAGCUUUCUCGCUCGUGGGCGGUGAAUUCGACAUGGAGCUGAAUUUCGUGAUACAGGACGCGCAGAACAUCAGGCACAUGCUGGAGCUUCUCGACCAUUGCCCACCCAAUCUCCAGGCUGAAAUAUGGAGCGUCUUUAUUGCGAUUCUGCGAAAAAGCGUCAGAAACUUGCAAGCAUGUACGGAUGUGAGUCUCAUAGAACAUGUUCUGCAUCGAUUAUCUCGUGCGGAAACUGUUGUCGCCGAUUUGUUAAUCGAUAUGCUGGGAGUGCUGGCGAGCUACAGCAUAACGGUGAAAGAAUUGAAACUUUUGUUCGGCGCCAUGAAAUCCGUAAAAGGAAAGUGGCCACGGCAUUCGGCGAAACUGUUAAACGUCCUCCGCCAAAUGCCGCAGCGAAAUGGGCCCGACGUAUUUUUCAGUUUCCCCGGUAGGAAGGGGUCGGCGAUUGUUUUGCCGCCGCUUGCAAAGUGGCCGCACGAGAAUGGAUUUACCUUUACCACAUGGUUCCGCCUAGAUCCCAUCAACUCUGUUAAUAUCGAACGAGAAAAACCGUACCUCUACUGCUUUAAAACAAGCAAGGGAGUGGGAUACUCUGCGCAUUUCGUAGGCAACUGCUUAGUCCUGACUUCUAUGAAAAUAAAGGGCAAGGGCUUCCAACAUUGUGUCAAAUACGAAUUUCAGCCACGAAAGUGGUAUAUGAUCGCGGUAGUGUAUAUAUACAAUAGGUGGACAAAAAGUGAAAUUAAAUGUCUGGUCAAUGGCCAGUUGGCGUCGAGUACGGAAAUGACAUGGCACGUUUCGACGAAUGACCCAUUUGACAAAUGUUACAUUGGAGCAACCCCCGAACUGGACGAAGAGCGCGUGUUUUGUGGACAAAUGAGUGCGAUAUAUUUAUUCAGCGAAGCACUAACGACGCAUCAGAUAUGCGCGAUACAUAGACUGGGGCCGGGAUAUAAGAGCCAGUUUCGUUUCGACAACGAGUGCUACCUGAAUCUGCCCGACAAUCAUAAAAGGGUGAGUGAGCAGGAUCUCUCUACGAGCAUGGUGGACCAAAGUAUGCAAAUUGUACUUUAUGACGGAAAAUUGUCGAAUGCAAUUGUGUUCAUGUACAAUCCAGUAGCGACAGAUUCGCAGCUUUGUCUACAGAGCGCACCGAAAGGCAACGUCUCUUAUUUUGUACAUACUCCGCAUGCCCUCAUGUUACAGGAUGUCAAGGCGGUCAUAACACACUCCAUUCACAGCACGUUAAACUCGAUAGGUGGUAUCCAAGUACUGUUCCCAUUAUUCUCACAGCUGGACAUGCCUUACGACUGCAUUGCGCCGAACGACAUUAAGCGAGAUCCCACAUUAUGUUCGAAACUGCUCGGGUUUAUCUGCGACUUGGUAGAGAGUUCUCAAACCGUUCAACAACAUAUGGUACAAAACAGAGGAUUUCUGGUGAUAAGUUUUAUGCUACAGAAAGCAAGUCGAGAUCAUCUUACGACGGAAGUUCUUGCAUCUUUCUUGGAGCUCACGAAGCAUUUAGUGACCUGUCUUAGCGCAAACAGCGAUUUAUUACUUAAACAGUUGUUUUAUUUUUCAUUCCUAACAUGGCAGCUACUGGAUCACGUUCUUUUUAAUCCCGCUCUGUGGAUAUACACGCCGGCGCCAGUACAAACACGGCUUUAUUCGUACUUGGCCACAGAAUUUCUUAGCGACACGCAAAUUUAUUCCAAUGUGAGACGCGUAUCGACGGUCCUGCAAACCGUACACACACUGAAAUACUAUUACUGGGUAGCUAAUCCUCGCUCCAAAAGCGGAAUAACACCAAAAGGACUCGAUGGACCGCGACCGCAACAGAAGGACAUUCUAGCAAUUCGUUCUUACAUUUUGUUAUUUUUAAAACAAUUGAUAAUGAUCGGCAACGGCGUGAAGGACGAUGAAUUACAGAGCAUACUUAAUUAUCUCACGACGAUACACGAGGAUGAAAAUUUGCACGAUGUCUUACAAAUGCUGAUAUCUUUGAUGUCGGAGCACCCGUCGUCGAUGGUACCCGCAUUUGAUGCGAAACAAGGAGUACGGACGAUUUUCAAGCUUUUGGCAGCUGAAAGCCAAUUGAUACGUCUGCAAGCGUUAAAACUGCUUGGAUUCUUCCUUAGCCGCAGUACACAUAAACGAAAAUACGACGUCAUGAGCCCGCAUAAUCUGUACACGUUAUUGGCCGAAAGGCUCUUAUUGAACGAGGAGACACUCUCAUUGCCGACAUACAAUGUUUUAUACGAGAUCAUGACUGAGCACAUCAGUCAACAAAUAUUGUAUGCCAGACACCCCGAACCUGAAUCUCAUUACCGUUUAGAAAAUCCGAUGAUCCUGAAGGUAGUCGCGACGUUAAUUCGACAAUCAAAGCAAACGGAGCAGCUGUUGGAGGUGAAAAAGCUAUUCCUCUCGGACAUGACGCUACUCUGCAAUAAUAAUCGGGAGAAUCGGCGAACCGUCCUGCAAAUGUCUGUGUGGCAGGAGUGGCUUAUCGCCAUGGCUUACAUCCAUCCGAAGAACACCGAGGAACAGAAGAUAUCCGACAUGGUGUAUUCCUUAUUUCGCAUGCUUCUUCAUCACGCUAUCAAGCACGAAUACGGUGGCUGGCGUGUCUGGGUUGACACACUGGCUAUCGUGCACUCUAAGGUGUCGUACGAGGAAUUCAAACUUCAAUUUGCCCAAAUGUACGAGCAUUACGAACGACAGAGAUCCGACAACAUUACGGAUCCUGAGCUGAGGCAGCAGAGGCCGAUCAGCACGAUUUCCGGAUGGGAUCAGCAGCAUUCCGGCAAUAACGGGUACAAUAGACCAGUGUGGGGGAAUCAGCAAAAUCACGAGAUCCAACAUAUGGAGAGAAAUUACAAGGAAUUUGAUUCAUCCGAGGCAAACGAUCGAUUGGAAGAAUCCUGCAGCUGCGAUCUUAAUUCAAUAGACAACACUGAGAGCGACGGUAGUCCGGCUAUCGUGAAAUCGCGCAGCGAGACCUUGGACACACUGCAAUCGUGCGAGGUGGUGUCGUUGGACUCCAGAUUAAGCGACAAACCGGAAACACCGACUACCGCGCGCGAGAUACACACGGAGACGCCGACGAUUCUCGAAGAAGCAAACAGUGAAGCUGUCUCGUUGCCGACAACGCAAGAGACUAGCGAGGUGAUAUCAAUCGAGAGCUCCAGCGACUUUUACAGCGAGGUGCACAAGAUCGAGAGUUCUAGUCCCGAUUCAAUGAUAGUUCAGGAGUUGAAGAAGGAGGAAGAUACGGUUGUUGAGAAACAGUCAGUUGCCGUUACCGAAGCCUCUUCAACGGAACAGAUUAAAGAAGAAGGCACGGAAGCGACGGCUGUCGAAGCCACAGACUCGAAGGAAGCUGUGACAGAUACAAAUAUCCCCGACACAGUUUCCACAGCGGACAAGGUUGAAACCUCACCGGUCGCGGAUGAGGAAGCGAAGGCAAAGUCCACCGAGGAGAAUAACGUUGCGACCGCCGACAGUAACACACCGACCAACACCGAAGAUUCCGACAAGACUGCAACAGCAAUCGAAAAUGCGGCCGACCCUGUUACUCCAAAGGGCGCUGCCGACGCCGACGCCGACGCCGACGCCAACGCCGACGCCAACGCCGACGCCAAUGCCGACGCCGACGCCGACGCCGGCGCCGAUGCCGACGCCGACGCCGUCACUGAAAAAGACACCGUGCCAAUUGUCCCUUCUGACGAAACGCGGGAACCGCUGACGGUCAAAGUGAUUGAGAAGCUCCAGUUGGAGAGCGAUCGCGAGAUAAUUGAUAGCGAUACGUCGGAGGCGUACUUGACGCCAACUGAGAAUCAAGAAAUCUCGAGCGAGAUAAAAAGCAGAACGUCCGAGGGCGAGAAAAUCGACGACGACACCGUCGAUAAGAAGGACAUUUCCGAAGACAGGGACAUUACCGCUGAGACUGGCGAGAACGACGCAGGGAAAACUGUAAAAAAUCCUAAUUGCUCAACUAGCAUAGUAGAAAGCGGUGAGGCUUGCACGGAGAAGGCGGUAGAUCUAGGGAGCGAGAAGGUGGAGCCCGUAAUAGUGAAUAGUGCGUUAGGUAGUGACGACCGCGCCGUGGAUUCUUUAACGGAGGACAAAAGUGCUGUUAUUAAUGAUAACGAAGACGCGAAGGUAAACGAGAAACACUCAAGGGAGCCGUCCACUAUUUCUACUAGCGUAAGUGAUAAUAAGUCAGACGUUCCGGCGACGACUGGCGAGGUAGAAGUUACAGAUAGUGUUUGUAGUAAUAGCGAUGUUCAAAGUUCUGUAGAUAAUGUGACGCAAGUGCCAAAUCCUAAGCAGCAAAUCCCAACAAUAUCUACGGUCUGUGAUGCAACUAAAAGUUUAUCCGACGGUGUGCCUCAAAUCGUUAGUUCUAAUGUGGUUGCCAGGGACAAUGCGUUAUUGAAUGACUUAACUCCAGAUCACGUAGACACCCACCGCAGAUCCAGCCUGCCGAACGUCUCUUCGGAAACGGUUGCGGACGAUAACGGUCACGAGUCACCCUCCUUGCCUGUGCCCUUACGAAAGACAUCGUCACCCCAGAAACGACCAAGGAGUGCCUCUACGUCCACGCAGGUGGAUCCUAAUCAUUUCGAAGCCAAAAGAUCGAAGCAAGGAAAUCCCUCCACGCGGCCAAUGUUCAGUCCAGGCCCCACACGACCUCCAUUCAGAAUACCAGAAUUUAAAUGGUCAUACAUACAUCAACGGCUGCUGUCGGACGUGCUAUUCUCUUUGGAAACGGAUAUUCAAGUGUGGAGAAGUCAUUCAACGAAGUCUGUACUGGAUUUCGUAAACAGCAGCGAAAACGCCAUUUUCGUGGUGAACACUGUCCAUCUAAUUUCACAGUUAGCCGACAAUCUCAUAAUAGCUUGCGGCGGUUUGUUGCCCUUAUUAGCAUCGGCUACUUCGCCAAAUAACGAACUGGACGUAAUCGAGCCAACUCAGGGGAUGCCAAUCGAAGUGGCAGUUUCUUUUUUGCAAAGACUGGUCAACAUGGCCGACGUACUUAUAUUCGCUAGUUCGUUAAACUUUGGAGAACUGGAGGCUGAGAAAAAUAUGUCGAGCGGCGGCAUAUUACGACAAUGUUUACGACUGGUCUGUACAUGUGCCGUUAGAAACUGCUUAGAGUGUAAAGAACGUGGCAGAUCGUACAGCAUGUUAGGUCGGCAGAUUGGUUCUAGUAAUAAAUCACAGCACAUACAAUCACUUAUACGCGGGGCUCAGACAUCGCCUAAGAACAUCGUGGACAACCUUACGCAUCAGUUAAGUCCUGUGAAGGAUCCCGAGAAAUUGCUGCAAGACAUGGACGUAAAUCGUUUGAGAGCUGUCAUAUACAGAGAUGUUGAAGAAGCCAAGCAGGCACAGUUUCUGUCCCUUGCUAUAGUUUACUUCAUCUCUGUAUUGAUGGUCUCGAAAUAUCGCGACAUAUUGGAACCGCCAAUAUCGCAACGCCCACCAAGUCCAGUGCAAACGAUACAGACAAAUGGUGCGGGUCUCAGGCCAGGUAGCCCUUCAGGUAGCGGAGGUAUAAUGAGUCAAUCAGGCUCUCAGGAUGACGGCGAGUAUGAAGUCAUCAUCGUCGACGAAAACAAUUCUUCGAUUUUGGCCGAUCACGACGUCACAUCGUCCGGUCCUCCGUCGACCAAGGGAGGUCACAGUGGUGUACCUCGGCCGCGGACUAUUCUCGAGGAUUACACCUCAUCAGAACCAACGCUUGGCACUUCUACAAGGUCCGAACCACUGCCACGAAAUCUGCAGAGCAAUGACUCCAGCGAGGAGACGGUACAUCGCAGCAACAUCACCGCGGACCCAAGUCCUUCUGAAGUUACCACGGACAACGAAAACAAGCAUAAUUCGUCCGAAGAAGCCUGGACGGACGUGAACCUUAACGAAGACGGCGAUACGAUGCCUAUUACAAAUCCAAGAGAAGACCCGCGAAACAUUCACAACAUUGCACACUCGCGUGGCGACAUGCAAGACAGCGAGGGCAACGUUCUGGAACAGGAGAUGCUCGGCAACACGGAACGCGGGGAGAAACCGUCGGCGGAGAUCUCUGUGGUGCGGGUUCCCGAUCGAUUAGUGGUAACCGCAGCAUCCCCGAGGGCCGACGAGUUGCCGAUCAAAGGUCUGGUCGAUCAUUUACCCGUACCGACACCUUCCCGCGAGGCCUCUCUCACGCAAAAGCUGGAAAUGGCUUUGGGUUCGGUUUGCCCCCUCCUCCGAGAGAUCAUGGUGGACUUUGCUCCCUUCCUGUCCAAAACACUUGUUGGCUCCCAUGGUCAAGAAUUGUUAAUGGAAGGAAAAGGUACGAGCUGCAAGGGUUUAACCACGUUUAAGAACAGCAACUCCGUUGUGGAAUUGGUUAUGCUCCUCUGCUCCCAGGAAUGGCAAAACUCCUUGCAAAAGCACGCGGGUCUCGCUUUCAUCGAGCUCAUUAACGAGGGAAGGUUGCUAUCUCACGCGAUGAAGGAUCACAUAGUAAGAGUCGCAAACGAGGCAGAAUUCAUUUUAAACAGGAUGAGAGCGGAUGACGUGCUGAAGCAUGCUGACUUUGAGUCGCAAUGCGCGCAGACAUUGGUGGACCGUCGGGAAGAAGAACGCAUGUGCGAUCACCUAAUCACCGCGGCGCGAAGACGCGACAAUGUUAUCGCUAGCAGACUGCUGGAGAAAGUUCGAAAUAUCUUGUCCAACAAGCACGGCGCGUGGGGAUACAUGGAUCCAAUGGCUGCAAAAUUGGCCGAAUACUGGAAGCUGGAUGCUUGGGAGGAUGAUGCACGUAGACGCAAGCGUUUCGUGCACAAUCCACUAGGCUCGAGCCACCCCGAGGCUACUCUCAAGGCGGCUCUAGAACACGGUGCACCCGAGGAUGCGAUACUUCAAGCGCGUGAAGAGUUUCACGCGCAUCUCGCAGCCUCGCGUGCACACCAACAGCAAUUGCAGUCGGCGGAUCUUAUGGAUGACAGUGAAUUGCUGUCGGACGACAGGGAUCUUGACAACGACCUGACAGGUCCGGUGAACAUUAGCACGAAAGGCAGAUUAAUUGCACCCGGUAUCGUGGCGCCCGGCAUCAUUUCCGUUACAUCUACAGAACUGUAUUUCGAGGUGGACGAGGACGAUCCGGAAUUUAAGAAAAUCGACAGCGAGGUGCUCAAGUACUGCGACCACUUGCACGGAAAGUGGUACUUCUCCGAGGUCCGCGCGAUCUUCUCGCGGCGUUACCUGCUGCAAAAUGUGGCCAUCGAGAUCUUCCUCGCCAGCAGAACUUCGAUCCUGUUCGCGUUCUCGGACCAGGCGACGGUGAAAAAGAUGAUCAAGGCGCUACCGCGGGUCGGUGUUGGCAUCAAAUACGGGAUACCCCAGACUAGACGGGCGUCGUUGAUGUCACCGCGGCAGUUGAUGAGAAGCUCUAACAUGACUCAAAAGUGGCAGCGUCGGGAAAUAUCGAACUUUGAGUAUCUGAUGUUCCUGAACACAAUCGCUGGCCGCACCUACAAUGACUUGAACCAGUACCCUGUAUUUCCUUGGGUGUUGACGAACUACGAGACGAAGGAACUCGAUCUCAGUUUACCGAGCAACUAUCGAGACUUGUCAAAGCCGAUUGGCGCGCUGAAUCCAAACAGAAGAGCCUACUUCGAGGAGCGCUUCCAGAGCUGGGAACACGACACUAUACCGCCCUUCCAUUACGGCACGCAUUAUUCGACGGCGGCCUUUGUUUUAAAUUGGAUGAUACGCGUGGAGCCGAUGACGACUAUGUUCUUGGCGUUACAAGGCGGCAAGUUCGAUCAUCCCAACAGACUGUUCUCAUCUAUCGCGCUCUCGUGGAAGAAUUGCCAGCGCGAUACAUCCGACGUGAAGGAGCUGAUUCCGGAGUUCUUCUUUCUACCGGAAAUGUUAGUCAACAGCAACCGCUACCGUUUGGGCAGGCAGGAGGACGGUAGCUCGGUCGGCGAUGUCGAAUUACCACCUUGGGCUUCGUCCCCCGAAGAGUUUAUACGCAUAAAUCGAAUGGCGCUCGAGUCCGAAUUUGUGUCUUGUCAAUUACACCAAUGGAUCGAUCUGAUAUUUGGUUAUAAGCAGAAAGGCCCGGAAGCCGUACGUGCCACCAACGUUUUCUACUACUUAACGUACGAGGGUAGCGUGGAACUGGACACGAUCAUCGAUCCCUUGAUGAGGGAAGCUAUAGAGAAUCAAAUAAAAAAUUUCGGGCAGACGCCGUCGCAACUCCUGAUGGAGCCGCAUCCCCCGAGGAGCUCGGCGAUGCAUCUGUCUCCAAUGAUGUUCUCGAGCAUCCCGGACGAUGUGUGCAUGACCAUCAAGUUCCCGUCUAACUCGCCGAUCUGUCACAUCUCGGCUAACACUUAUCCUCAACUGCCACUGCCAUCGGUUGUGACGGUAACCACCGGACAGCAGUUUGCUGUUAAUCGGUGGAACACCAAUUACGCAGCCUCCGUGCAAUCUCCGAGUUAUGCAGAUACACCUCAGGCGCAGGCUGCCAAUCAGCCAUUGUCCAUGGAUCCUGUUCUUUCUCAAGCGGCAAAUAGCUCGAAUCCAACGUUACAACGUCGACAUCUAGGCGAUAAUUUUAGUCAGAAGCUCAAGAUUCGUAGCAAUUGCUUUGUUACCACUGUGGACAGUCGAUUCUUGGUGGCCUGUGGAUUUUGGGACAAUAGCUUCCGCGUCUUUUCCACCGAGACGGCAAAAAUCGUUCAGAUAGUGUUCGGUCAUUACGGAGUUGUCACUUGCUUAUCGCGCAGCGAGUGCAACAUUACUUCCGACUGCUACAUCGCGUCCGGAAGUGCCGACUGCACUGUCCUGCUCUGGCAUUGGAAUGCAAGGACGCAAACUAUCGUCGGUGAGGGUGAAGCACCGGCGCCACGUGCCACCCUUACAGGACACGAGCAGCCUGUGACGGCCGUCGUCAUAUCCGCCGAAUUGGGUUUGGUUGUCUCGGGAUCGCACUACGGUCCAGUGCUCGUUCAUACCACUUUCGGCGACCUCCUGAGAUCGCUCGAAGCCCCGAGCGGGUUUUCGUCCCCCGAGAACAUCGCUAUGUCGCGCGAGGGCGUCAUCGUGGUAAAUUACGAACGUGGACACAUAGCAGCCUUCACCAUAAACGGAAAACGUCUUCGUCACGAGUCUCACAAUGAUAAUUUACAGUGCUUACUACUGAGCAGAGACGGCGAAUACCUGAUGACCGGGGGCGAUAAGGGUAUCGUAGAAGUUUGGCGAACUUUCAACCUUGCUCUACUUUAUGCAUUCCCUGCAUGCGAAAGCAGCGUGCGUUCCCUCGCACUCGCUCAUGAUCAAAAGUUUCUUCUAGCUGGUCUGGCAAACGGGUCCAUUGUGAUAUUCCACAUCGACUUUAACAGAUGGCAUCACGAGUUCCAGCAGCGUUACUGAAAUUACGACUUCCUCUUUGCCUAAGAAGGCACAAGGCGCACUCCAUAAGACGAACUCCUGCACUUAACUGUCCAAAUAGUACGACAAUUUCGAAUUUACAUGUAUUUCUCGGACAAAUGUCGCUUCGUUUGUUCGAUUUCCCGUGGAGUUCAUUCACGAGUCUGUCAUUCAUGAAUGUACUAGGGGGAAAAGCAUAUAUUACUUGUACGGUCCAGCUUCUCGGCGGACUUUCCUUAGAUUUGCCGCAAUUUAUGGUAUGCAAAAUAAUAUUCUAUCGGUCGUUUCGGAUUAGAUGUAAUGAGCGGCAAUGAAAACGAACGUGGUGCACUGCGUAUUUUAACGUUUAGCAAUAAACUCGCUUUCGUGGCUGCGUGCAGUGCUUCCGUGAGGGGGAGGAGGUCGAGCGGAGUAUGAUAUACGGAUGGCGAGGUGCAAUCAGAGUUCCGGCCGUUUAUCCCACGUACUAUUGCCGAGUGGACGUCAAACCACGUCGCAAGCUUAUGAAAAGGCGAAAGCUACCGCUCGAAACGCUAGUCAAUUAACGCAAAACUCGGAUCUAUUUACGUUCGCGAGGGUUUGCGCGAUUUCUUCUCGCGCGGCGCGGAGAGAAGGAGGUACGCUAUACCGGGGGGGGGGGGAUUAUAAAAUAAAAGGACGACGCGAAGGAGGAAACCGCGUCAACGAGACGGCGGAGCUGAACACACGUUAUUUUUAAUGCCUGGAACUGCACGUGGAUUUGGCCCGCGCCACACUCUAGCGUUUAAAUGUCCAAUUGUAAAUACGGAUAUGUAAUUCUUCACGUUAUACAUAUAUACAUACACACGUGCAUACACCGCGCGCUUGAUUCCGCAUAUUAGAAGGGGGGGGGGGGCAGGGCGAGGAGACGAGAGGCGUGUAUUAUCGCGAGAGGUUUGCAUUUGUAUUCUUCUCAAACGUAUUAAUGUCGCUCACGUCGAACUUUUUGGCCAAGCACCUUGUACGUUCAGUUCGGACUACACGAACGCACUUGCGUAUGUCACUUUUGGUGCCGGUAGCCCCGGUAGAUGUUUCGCGGGGGAGAACACGCAUCGCCAAUCAUUCUCCCGGCCGCGGUAUCAGCCCCCGAACCCCCGCCGCCACCGCCGCAACACUUUCUACACCCUAAUGUUCGCGUCCUUCGAAAGAGAUCCUAAUUUUUAUCAAAGCCGUCCAGCUUAACUUUUGCGAGGAUAUUUCUUAGUAUUUUCGCACGCGACGUAUACUAAUCAGCAAAGCAAGUUAUUUAGGCUAAAGUAACAUCCCGAAUUCAUCCUUAACAUUCCGCGACUUGUCGAGGAUCGCGUCUGUGUGUGAAUGCGUCGCCGGUGAUCUCUAGAGUGUCCCCGAGUGACGAUAGAGUAGGAUAUACGAGAGAGAAAAAGGAGGGAGAGAGAGAGAGGGAGAGAAUGAGUGAAAUGUGAAAGCGAGAGAAUGAAGAUAAAAGAGAAAACAAAGCAGACAUACACUUUAACAUCCAACAACGAUUGGGGAAGAAGAUGCUUGAUAACUCAUAUAUAAGCGAUAGAAUUACUAGCUUGAUUUUCUGUUCGUACGUCAUCGUAGAACAUGUGAUAGUCUUGUAGCGUCACUACAGAGUACUGUCAUUCUGAGCCCUGUGUAUUCCACGAACUAGUCGUAAAACGCAGGACGCCGCAUAAAGUAUAGCCUUCAGUUGUUCGUACGUAUUCCGGACGUAGUGUAUUGUCGUCGCAGCUUGGUUUUAAUUAUGCGUAAACAAAUAAUUACUUAAUCUAACUAACGAGACACAGAGGGGUCGGGGAGUUUCGUUGUCGUUGCUUCGUAGUCGACGAUGAUAGAUGUAUUUCUCCGAGGUUGCCACGGCAGUUGUCGCAAAAUCUUCGAAAGGAUGACGGGAGGUGCAAGGGCGCGGGGACGAGAGAACGCGAAAGGAUCGCGGGGGAAUAGAAAUACAGUUCAUUUCCCCGCGAGUUUCUCAGUUGGCCGUCACGAUGAUUUCCGAGGAUGCUGUGAUUUUGCGAUGCAUCGUUAUACAAUUUGCAUUUGGACGAAUUGUCAUUUGCUUUGUCCGAAACGGGACGAACGAAAUUUUCAAUUCUAGUAAAGUACAUUGUUAGUUACCGGGGUACCUGAAUAGAGUGAUUUCGAAGAAACUCCGGAAUAUCAACGCGAGGGGUAGUUCCCGUAGUCUUUAAAGCGCACAUCCGUAAUAAUUUUCAUAAGUUUUUCAUGUUGUCGAGCAUCGAAAUUUUUUACCUUUACACCAUUUUAUUGAUUAGCGCUCGUUCAGUGCUGGGCACGAUGGCAAGGAAUAGAUUUCCCUGCGCCUCGAUACGUGUUCUAGUCAAGAAUUACCGUCGAAACGCCGUCGUGAAUCACCCGCGGUCCUCAGCAUUUAGGUAUCGAUACACUUAAAACGAUAUGCCGUACUGUUUACUGUAGUUGUAUAAAGUAACGGCACAAGUGCCGUUCUAGCGAUCAACUUGGGCUUGCGGGAUCACCGUCGUAAUGUCGAGAUACUCUCGCUGCGCAGCCGGGAACGAUCGGCGGGCGAGCCUCGCAAAUCGUUCGUCGGUGAUCGUACAAUUUUUCAAUGUAUAGGAGAACGUUACGUGUGCAACGUGUUAAUAAUGGUGUAUUGCCACUCGUUAUGGGCGUGCUUCUGCAUGAUCGUUCGUCGUUUCUUUCGCGCGGGAGAAUGAGGGUGUGAAUGGGAGAGACGGAAUGCGGACGAAGGGCGGGACGACACCGGUGAGAUGUGCCGAAGGUUGUGGGUUGUGUCUGGGUGCUUUCAACAGUAUCGCUAAUUUUCUUACGUGCGGAAGUAAACCUCUGUCACGCGUGUAAGCGUUUACGUGUGUACUCGAUGUAUAGGCGCACUGUCGAUGCACUUUAUUUUCGCUAAAAACCACAGGGAAAACGGGGGAGGUAAAGAGCGAGAGGCACGCGACAUUCCAUCCGCAUUUCCUGCUUUUAGCCGAUUUAUAAUUGCGUUUACUUAUCUAUCUAGAGCUGUGAGGGAGGGAGGUAAAAAUUGGAAAGUCGCACCUUGUUCAUAAAACGGUCAAAUUAAAGGAGAAGUAGUUGAAUUGCGAGACAACGGGGAUUGUCCCGACGACGCGUGGCGUUAGCGAGCAUGUGACGUGCGUUCGGCACGGAUUUUCGCAAUUAUUCAAUAAGCACGAAGGCAGCGUAAUGGAUGAGAGUGCGUCGGGGUGACGAGAGGUCGCGUAAGAGAAGAGUUUUUAUAUUUGUUUAUAGAUGUGUGAGAAUGUGCUGCACUCUUAAGCAAGUUGUUAGUGAAUUCCCUCCAUAUUGCUAAUAUACAUAAAGGAAGUUAACUCAGAUCGAUUUCUGUCCGUACUCGAACAUUCAGUACACAAAAAAAAAUAUUGCUACUAUUUUAAAUAACGCUAAGUACAACGCUACAAGAGUUUGCCUAUAUUAUUAUUACGAUUUAUUGUCGUCAUUAUUAUUAAUAUUCUUAUUAUUAUACGAUUGUGGCUACAUUAACGUACUUAAUAUUGACGGCUACCUAUAUAGAUUUGUAUAUUCGUCGGAUAAGGCCCUUAAUGUUUGCGUGUUAAGUAAUAAUUUUACUGAUCGACAUUACGAUUACGAGGAAGUGGAGCGUGAUGGGAACUGUGUAAAGUUUUAUCCGGUUCAUUCAUGCGCCGCGAGCUGCCCGUAGAAAAGUACUUACAUCUCUAGAUUAAAUCGAUGCGCCUGUUUAUAAGCGAGACAGGGGAGGAACAACGCUGCAAAACACGCGGAUAUAACACUCAAGCGCUUACUUAUUAGGCACACGUUUAUCUACUUAAAAAUCUGGUUUAAAGUCUCUCGAAGUUACAUUUAAGAGCGACCCCGGAGGGGAGGAGCGUCAGCGUAAACUGCAGCAGAAAAGCUCGACGAAAUCGACGUCUCGAUGCUUACAAGAGAGUCGUGGCCGGCCGAAAGCUUUCGCCGGUGCGCGUACGAUCAGGUUUUUUCUUUUACAUCGCGUACGAAAGUCAAUAUACACGCGUAGCCGUAAAGUUGGAGCAGCCUCGAUCGCGCGGACUCAAGGGGGCUCGUCGAGCAUCGUUUGCACCAAUGUUUUAUAAGCACCGACUCGGUUUUUUUUUUCUUACCUCGAUCCGACGCGACCCGGUCUGACUUCGUGCGUGGAUCACGCUUGAGCUCUUCCAAUUUACGGAUCGCCGUGAUUACGUCUCGUUAGGAUCGAGCCUUCCACCGCCGCGGGCGUCUUUGGUGAACGUGUUUGUCAUUUCAUGAAUUGAAAACGCGCGUGCACGAAAGAGAGAGAGAGAGAAUAUGACCAAAUGAUUGUGUUUCGCGAACAGAUUGUAGUUAGUGGCCUAAUUGUUUUGCCGGCGGUUUGCGAAAGCGCGUCCGUGACGAUUCGACGCUCGAUCGGUGGACGUAGGAUGAUCGGGCGCACCGUCGAAAGGGUCUCGACACUUGUCUCGUAUCGAUUUCCGGCGAAGCCAAACCGUAAUCACGGGCACCUCGUCGUUAACAGAGGAGAUACGCGGUACAGAUUAAUUCCCGCCACUUUUAAGGAGAGUACUACUAGGUAGAAAAGUACUUAAGUCGUUGCUACAUACCAGUAUAUAUAAGCUCUAUCGCUUAUUUUAUACUUAGAAGUAUUGUAAUGUUCGAUUAGAGGUAACAUAAUGGGAAAGUUGUAUCCUAGCGUAAGGUAGAAUAAUCUGUAAAGAUAAGUAGUCAAAUAAAUGAAAAGUACAUUUGAUGUUGCA